UGCUGCCGCUCUUAAAGUGACAGAACUUCAGACAGCAGCUGGGACAUCCUGAAAAGCAGUCAACAAAACAGAAGCAAACACCAAUUCCCCCGAAUCCUACUGGGAUGCUAGAGCUCUGAUGUGCUCAACCACCACCCUCAGGCAAAGGCCGUAGGAAGUUUACAACUUUUGUGCCUCUGCUUAAGAUUCUUUCCUGUCCUUAGCCUCUUUCUCACAGCUUCCUGAGACUGAGGUGACCUUCCAAGAGCAGGAUAGGUUCAUGGUCCCCCCUCAACUCCCCUGUCUCUCUUUCCUGUGUCUCUCUUCUGAGCUCAAUGUGGUCCUUAACAACUCAUCUGCUCAAAUUCAGUGCUCAUGUAUAUCUCCUGCUCAGAUCCUUCCCCCACUCACAUUCCUUUGUUAGUUUUAUCAACCUUUCUGUAGUUUUUCUUUCUUUUACCUCCCAGCUGAUUUUCUAAUCACCAUCUGCACCUCCUUUAUCCUCCCCUUAAAGGAUUUGCAACCCUUUAUCUAAGGACAAAUGAUAGCAUAAGACCAGCAGCUUUCGUGGGAUUUCACCUUUCUAGUAGGCAUGUGUGGACAUUUUGCACCUGAUCGCACCCUCUCGAGUAGGACCACUUUGACUGCCAUCAUGAAAGGACUCAAGAAUGAGAAUUUGGUAGAAACACCACCCACAAAACUUCUGCUGCUCCUAGUGUUUAUUUCCACACUAGUGGACCUGAGUUGGGCCUCACAGAACUGCACCGUUCCGUGCAAUGAGCAUGCAAAAUGUGAAGUUCGUAAUGCAAUCCCAGGUUGCUACUGUAGUCCAGGAUUUACUGGGUCUGGCAUAAACGGACCGGGCACAAGCGGUUGUUAUGAUGACAAUGAAUGUGCAAAUGCCACUCAGCUUUGUGGAGAAAAUGCAAACUGCACAAAUACGGAGGGAAGUUACUACUGCAUGUGUGCACCUGGAUUCCAGCCUAGCAAUGGCAAUACAACUUUUAUAACCAAUGAUGGAACCUUUUGUGUAGAUAUAGAUGAGUGCAGUGAACCGGUAGCCACUGCCUGCGGAGAUCAUGCGAAAUGUGAAAAUGUGUAUGGAGGAUAUAACUGCUCCUGUAAGGAAGGUUAUCAACCAUCCACAGGAAAAUUACAGUUUAAGCCAAACGAUGACACUUCCUGCCAAGAAAUCCCACGAGUAAAAUGUGAAUUGUACCAUGAUUGUAUAGCUGAAAAUAUCAACAGGACCUUAGCUAAAAUUAGAAAAAUAAAAGAACCCCUAGCUGUGCUGCAAGAAAUCAAUCAGAACACUGCGGGACAAAUUCCACCAGUAGAUGUGAUUUCCUACAUAGAAGCAUUAUCUGUAUCUUGUCCUUUGCUAAGCAGCAUGAAUAACACGAUUUCAGACUACGACAUGCAACAUAAUCUGAACGUAACCCUGAAUGAAUUUGUGAAUACUGUGAACAAUUUUGUUCAGAAGGAUAAAAUUACAGUGUGGGAAGCUAUCCCAGCAGGCAACCGACGACGGAGCCUCACUAAAUUGAUCCAUACUGCGGAAAAGACAGCGGCUCUUGUCACACAGAACUUCCAAGAGGCAACAGCAGUGGAGGUUAAUGCUAGCGAUUUGGCUCUCAGAGCAUUUGCCUUUGAUACGGAACAUGAGGACUUCAUUCACCAACAGGUCCGCAUGGGAGGAGACACAAUCACAGUCUCUGCCAAGAAAAAGGAAGCCUCUGUUUCUAAAGGCACUGCUGCCGUGGUAUUUCUGCAGUACAGCAAUAUUGGCUGUCUGCUUUCAUCAUCCCAGAACUUCUCACUGAAGGAAAAUUCAGAGCAUGGAGAGACAGUAGGCUCAUCAGUUAUAGCUGUCACCAUUAGCUCCACUCCACCUAGGCUCUACCCAGCUGAGGAAAUAACAUUUACUUUGAAGCAUGCACAGACUAUAGACAAAAAGGAUAUUAAGUGUGCAUUUUGGAGUUAUUUAGAAGACACAAUGGAAGGAAACUGGUCAACAGAAGGAUGUGAGCGGACAGAUUUCAAUAGCACUCAUACUUCAUGCCGAUGUAAUCAUUUCACUCAUUUUGCUAUUCUGAUGUCCUCAAACGAUUCUAAAGUUAACAUCAAGGAUCACAUUCUGACAAGAAUCACUGAGCUUGGAAUAAUUAUCUCACUGGUUUGCCUCUCCCUGUGCAUUUUCACAUUUUGGUUCUUCAGUGAAAUUCAAAGUACGCGAACAACGAUUCAUAAAAAUCUCUGUUGCAGUCUUUUCCUGGCAGAGCUCAUUUUUCUUGUUGGAAUUAACAUGAGCAGCAACAAGCUAUUCUGCUCAGUCACUGCUGGAUUGCUCCAUUAUUUCCUGUUAGCUGCCUUUGCUUGGAUGUGUAUCGAAGGCAUACACCUGUACCUUAUCGUUGUCGGAGUAAUUUACAACAAAGGUUUUCUACACAAGAACUUCUAUAUCUUUGGCUAUGUGAGCCCAGCAGUGGUAGUUGGCAUUUCUGCAGCAUUGGGAUACAAAUACUACGGAACAACAGAUGUAUGUUGGCUCAGCACAAAGAAUAAUUUUAUAUGGAGUUUUAUAGGACCAGCUUGUCUAAUAAUUCUUGUUAAUUUGAUGGCAUUUGGUGUCAUCAUCUACAAAGUAUUUCGACAAACAGCCAUGCUAAAGCCAGAAGUUAGCUGCUAUGAAAACAUACGGUCUUGUGCACGAGGUGCUCUUUCCUUGCUCUUUCUUCUGGGUGCUACCUGGAUUUUCGGCGUGCUACAUGUCAUCCAAGGAUCAGUAGUCACAGCAUAUCUUUUUACCAUCUUCAAUGCAUUUCAGGGACUGUUCAUCUUCAUCUUUCUCUGUGUCUUAUCCCGAAAAAUCCAGGAUGAAUACUCCAGGUUAUUCAGAAACGUCCCUUGCUGUUUUGGAUGCUUAAGGUAAAUUGAUGGAAAGCUAAGAUGAGCAGCACCAUGGAAGAAAGGAGAAAACGAGAGGCUUUAGAAAAAUUGCUAUAUUGUGAAAGUAUGAAAUGAACGACUGAGCUGUCAUCUCUCUUAAAUCAAUUACUUUCUCUCCAGUGUAGGUAUUGUACUUAAAUGUGCAUUCAGGCACACUAUAUUGUGUACAAACUGCAUAUUUGUACAAGACGGACUGGUUUAUUAUGUAAAAAAUAAGACUUCUAAAGAAGCUCAGGACUCUUCAGAGCUGAUGACUGUAGCCCAAAAGGAAGCGAACCCUGUGUGCAAAGCUGUUUCUGAGAGUCGCUUUGCUGUUAAGGUCAUACCUGCUGAGUUGGAAAUGAAAAUAAUUUUGUUUAUUGCUAUUUGAAGAAAAUAAACUCCACUAGAGUGUUAAUAUUAAAAAAAAUUACUUUUAUCAAACCUCAGUUUCCCCUGUUGAAAGCAGCUGGAUCAAAAACAGGAUGAGGGUCCAUUCUUUUGUCAUGACAUUAGAGGGGUUCACAUGAGCCUCGUAUUCACUGAAAGCAUGGGUGAGGGCUUAACAAGGUUCUGCUACCUUGUCUGUCUUGCAUCCAUGACAGUGUACCUUAAGCAUGGAUUCAGCAAGCAUGUGGAAGGACCUUAUAUAAGGUACAUCAUAUGCACAUUACAAGUCUGUGUAUGUCUUCUCCUUCAAUUGGAGGAAGGCCAUAUGCCUAGUGGAGUAAAUAUAUAACAUCAGUUUCAUAACCAUCUAAUGCACAUCAUCUGAGUGGGAGA